AUGACUUCUGACGCUUGCCAGCCAGACUCGCCCCCGCCCGCUUCGGAGGAAGGCGUCCCUCGCACGAUUCUACAGUUCAAGAAGUAUUUUGCCGAUGCUCGCUUCCAUCAGACUUUCCAGCUUCCUGCCGAUCCCUCUCGUGGUCGUCAUGCGCCCUUCGCCGUCAAAUAUGCCGACUUUGGCUUCCACCAGCGCAGCGGAGCCUCCCAGGAGCAACGGGUAGAAGAGGGGAAGGACGAUCGCGACAAGAACGAAGGGGACAAGAAAGAGAAAAUGGACGAGGAAGAAAAUGUGCUGUUGUUCUUCGGCCCGCUGCUGGCGACGAGGAUGUUACACGUCACCAAGGACGCCAUGGCCAAGAGACAUCACGUUCGCAUCGUGAACCUGGACCGGCCCGGUAUUGGGGGCACAGACGCAGUGCCGGCCGAUAAGCUCCUCGAGACCUGGCGAGACGUCAUCCCGGCCCUCUUGCAGCACCUGGGCAUUCGCCAUGUUUCCAUCGUCUGCCAGAGCGGCGGCAUCAUUUACGCCCUGGAUGCUAUCUUGCACAACCCGCAGAUCCUGCACCCGUCCCGGCCGUACCUCGCCAUGGGCGGUCCCUGGGUGCACCCGUCGCACACCUCAGUCUCCACCAUGGGCUUCGUCAGUGGCCUGCCCAUCUCGCUGCUCGGCCAGACCGACAAGUUGGCCAGCUUCAUCAACGCCCGUGUAAUUCCCCUCAUGGGCUCCAGCAUCAACCUCUUCGACAAGGCGAAGCGGUGGGUCCUGGGCGACCUGGUGGCGAACCAUCCUCCCGGAGCCGGGAACGACACGGCCGAGGCGCGCUUCGAGGAGAGCUCUACCAUGACCAUGUUCCAGGCCGUCUUUGCCGAGGGUGUGGUUGGCAUCUCGGAGGAGGCGAAACUGCUGCUGCGACGUGUCGACGGCGCCGUGGGCUGGUCCGACUGGGGAGACGUUGACGCUGCGGUGCCACGGCUGGUGCCUGCGCUGAGGGACGCUGGUAUCACGGCCCAGCUGCGCGUCGACAUCUUCUUCGCCGCCAAGGACAGCAUGAUCGGAAAUGUAGGAAGCAAGGGGCCGUGCUGGCUGGAGGAAUGCUUCCGGCGGGAAGAGAGGGGAGGCGGUCAUGGGGGGCUCAAGGUGAGUUGCGCAACAAUGGAGAGCGCAGAGCACGACACGGUGCUGGAUAUGCGGUGGGAUGCGAUGGAGCAGAUAUUGAAGACCAUUGCCGCAAAGGGCCGAGGCAGCGUGUUGUGA